AUGGAGACUACUGGGUUUUCUUCUCCGAGACCCGAUGCUUUUCCGGCAGGUCUUAGGGUUCUUGUUGUUGACGAUGAUCCCACCUGGUUGAAGAUUCUUGAGAAGAUGCUCAAGAAAUGCUUAUAUGAAGUAACAACAUGUAAUCUUGCAAGAGAGGCUUUGGACCUGCUCCGAGAAAAAAAGGACAGAUUUGACAUUGUUAUCAGUGAUGUCAACAUGCCUGACAUGGAUGGUUUCAAGCUUCUAGAGCAUGUUGGGCUAGAAAUGGAUCUUCCCGUAAUAAUGAUGUCUGUUGAUGGAGAAACAAGCAGGGUUAUGAAAGGGGUUCAACAUGGUGCAUGUGAUUAUCUUCUUAAGCCUAUACGAAUGAAAGAGCUUCGGAAUAUAUGGCAACAUGUGUUCAGAAAAAGGAUACACGAGGUGAGAGAUAUUGAAAGUCAAGAAAGCCUCGAAGAAAUCCAGAUGAUGAGAAAUGGUAUGGAACAAUAUGAUGAUGGCUACUUGUUCUGUGGGGCCGAUCUAAUUUCAGGAAAAAAAAGAAAAGACGUUGACAACAAGCAGGACGAUAGACAUUAUGGUGAUCCAUCCUCUGUUAAGAAAGCUCGGGUGGUUUGGACCGUCGAACUUCAUCAGAAGUUUGUGAAAGCUGUCAAUCAGUUUGGAUAUGAUAAAGUUGGCCCUAAGAAAAUACUUGACUCGAUGGGAGUGCCCUGGUUAACAAGAGAGAACGUUGCUAGCCACUUGCAGAAAUAUCGCCUCUAUUUAAGUCGGUUGCAGAAAGAAAAUGAACUAAAAGCCACGUUUGGUGGGAUGAAGCAAUCGGACAUCUCUUCAAAGGACACUGCUGGUAACGUCUGCCCUCAGAAUUCAAGCAAUGCUUCACAAAAUAACGUUACAAAUGGAAGCUAUGGUAUUUGUGGAAGCAAAAUCCCUAUUAAGAAUGUUGAUUCCAAAAUUCAUGUGGAGGAUAUGAAGAUUGCUUCAGUUCAGAUGGCUGAACCUAAGGAAGCUCUAAUUGGAGACAUAACUGAUCCUCAGAAAUGUAGCAAUUCAAGAACCGGCCUCAACCACUCUUUCAGACAAAUUGGUUUGGAUGUGAAAUGCGAACCUACGAUCCCGACUCAGUAUUCUUGGACAGAAGUUCCACCUGUGCAGUUCAAGCAAGAACACAAACCACAUUUCCAGUCGCAAUCUUGGAGCUCAGAAGUUCGACCAGUUCAAUUCAAGCAAGAACACAAGCCACAUUUCCAGUCCGAGAGUAGUUUCAGUCACCUACCACUGGCUAGGAAUCACAUCCAAGUGGACUGCACUGAACCGAUUCUCUCCCACCAUCCAAUGCCUUCCACCAACGAAAAAGACAAACGAGCAGACAUAGGGCCUAAUUGCAUCAAAAGCAGAAGCCAAGGUAUUGGGAUAGUAACCCCUGUCGAAAGUACAGCUGAGUUGUUUUCUGUCCAACCCAAAAGCCAUUUGACACACUGUCAAGAAUUUCAGCUGAUCCCAAGUUCUAUGUGGAACACAAAGAAUCACAGCUUAGAACAUAUUCUACUUAAUGAUGUUGACUCUUCACAGAGAAACCUAAUCCUCGGAACUGGAUCGAGUUUCAGAUUGUGGGACGAGGAGUUACAGGGUUAUUCUCCUCGAGGUGAUUUUCAUCCACAGAAUGCUGGCUUUGAGAAUAUAGAAUCUUUUGCUUACAGUAAUCAAGAGAUCAUUGAUGACGUUCCACCCCUCUUGUAUGAUUCAUUGAAUUUUGACUACGGGAAUGCAAGUGAGACAAUGGAAUAUCCUGUAAUAGAGCAAGGUCUAUUUAUUGCCUGA